CUUUCAAGUGUCAACUCCAGCACUGAAUUAAUAAAUUCUAAUCACUCUCCUGUCUACCCUUUUACUAUAUAAAUACUCUCCUCUUCUUGGCUUCAGCUUCCAUCUCCAAAUCAAACUUCUCUCUCUCUCUUCUCUGCUACAUACUCUCCUUGGGUCUCUCCAGAUGGAUUGUGCCAGGGCUGUCGUGAUGCUGGUUAGUCUGCUGAUAUGUUAUUCUUCAGUCGGGGUCGUUGUUAAUGCACAGGGCAUUGCCAAACCACCGAGCCUACCUCCAGCGCCUGCACCCGCCCCCGAACAUGUGAACCUCACGGACUUACUCACGGUUGCUGGCCCAUUCCACACCUUCCUUAACUACCUCGAAUCGACCAAAGUCAUAGAAACUUUCCAAAACCAAGCCAACGAUACAGAGGAAGGAAUCACGCUCUUUGUGCCCAAAGACCAAGCGUUCUCGAAGCUGAAGAAGGUCUCGCUCUCCAACCUCACUGCUGGCCAGCUCAAGUCGCUCUGCCUUUUCCACGCGCUGCCACAUUACUACACCCUCGCAGACUUCAGAAACCUCAGCCAAUUCAGCCCUAUAAAUACCUUUGCUGGUGGACAACUUUACGGUUUGAACUUCACAGACGUCUCCGGGACUGUGCACCUAAACUCCGGGUGGACUAGUACCAAAAUCAGCAGUGCAGUGCGGGCAACUUUCCCUGUUGCUGUUUAUCAGGUAGACGGGGUUCUCCUUCCCGAAGCCAUCUUUGGGACCGACAUUCCCCCGACCCCUGCACCUGCACCAGCACCAGAUAUCGCCCCCGUUGCAGAUGCCCCGGCUGGGGACAAAGGCGCCAGUGGCGACUCGUCUGCAUCUCCAGCUUCAUCACCUCCAUCCUCUUCUCACAAGAUAACAAGCUUGGGUCUUCUCAACCAUUUGGUGUUGGCCAUUGUGGGUGGAUCUGCCCUUCUCUUCUUAUAAGCUUCUUGCAGUAAGUUAUCUGCUGCUAUUGUGGAGUUCACAUUGGUUCAAUUGUCUCCCACCUUUUUGUCAUAUACUUUUGGUUCUCUCCUAUUCAUUACAAUUGUUGUACACAAAUGGCUUAUUAGUAUUUCUAUUAGCAGAUGAUUGUAUUUCAUAAUUGAAACAUCCAGGGCCACUCUAACCUAAGUUGACUUUUGACGUGGUAAUCACAA